CACCGUUUGUAAUAAAAAAAAAAAAAAUUAAAAUAUAUUUUAGAGGUUUUGGCUGAAAAUUGGCACCUCUGACCCACUGUGCAUUGGAAAAAUAUUUGAACUAUAUAUUGGAAAAAUUUCAUUUCAUUUAUACUUUGAAGAUGUCAACUAGUUUUGCAUGCAAAGAUAUUUUUUUAUCAUUUGAAGAUUUAAAAUCUACUAUUAAGAAAUAUGAAGAUUCUCAUUUUGUGCAGUUGUGGAUUCGUGACGCAAAAACAAUUGAAGCAGCUCGAAAAACCAUUCCAAGAAAAGCUGCUUCAAUAGCUCCACAGAUAAAGUAUUAUUAUAUAAAGUACUGUUGUAUACAUGGCGGGAAAAAGUUUACAAAUAAAGGCAAUGGAAAACGUCAAACUUCGACUUAUAUAAGUUUUAAAGCAUCAGAAGAUGGACAAACAUUAAUCUUGCAAGAUUUAAACAAUGAACAUAAUCAUGAAGUAUCUGAGGUAAAUUAUAAGUACUUAUAAAAUUUUUUUUUGAUAAAGACCAUUUAUUUCAGGUUCCUUAUAGAGUGGUUGAAAAAGGGAAAAUAAUUAAAACUACACCAUAUAUUUAAAGUAUUUGUAAAAAUUGUUAAUAUUUAUUAUCAAAAAGAAAAAUC